GGGCGGGGCCGCGUUCGCCGGUUGGAGGCGCCGCCAUGGCUGCCAUAUUGGAGAGGAAGUGAGGGCAGGAGGCGGCGGCGGCGGCCUGGGCGGAGCAGCACCGGCCCUUCUCCCCGGGUCUCCUCAGAGCAGCGCGCCUGUCGACGGCGGCCGACCGCUCCCUGGAGCCGGACGGGAGAAAUCGCGAGGCCGGAGAGGCCGCUUUGAGCGCCCGGGCGUCGGCGUCGGCCUUGGCCUAAAAUGGCGGACCCGGCAGAGUGCAAUAUCAAAGUGAUGUGUCGCUUCAGACCCCUCAACGACUCUGAGGUGACCAGAGGCGACAAGUAUAUCGCCAAGUUCCAAGGGGAGGAUACCGUCGUUAUCGCGUCCAAGCCCUACGCAUUUGAUCGUGUAUUUCAGUCUCACACGUCACAGGAGCAAGUAUAUAAUGAUUGUGCAAAAAAGAUUGUUAAAGAUGUACUUGAGGGAUAUAAUGGUACGAUAUUUGCUUAUGGGCAAACGUCAUCUGGAAAGACACAUACUAUGGAGGGGAAACUACAUGAUCCAGAUGGAAUGGGGAUUAUUCCAAGGAUAGUGCAAGAUAUAUUUAAUUAUAUUUAUUCCAUGGAUGAAAAUUUGGAAUUUCACAUUAAGGUGUCAUAUUUUGAAAUUUACCUGGAUAAAAUAAGGGACCUUUUGGACGUCUCCAAGAUCAAUCUUUCUGUUCACGAGGACAAAAACAGGGUACCUUAUGUGAAGGGCUGCACUGAACGUUUUGUGUGUAGUCCAGAUGAAGUUAUGGAUACAAUAGAUGAAGGAAAAUCUAACAGACAUGUAGCAGUUACAAACAUGAAUGAACACAGUUCUCGAAGUCAUAGCAUCUUUCUCAUUAAUGUAAAACAAGAAAAUACUCAAACGGAACAGAAAUUGAGUGGAAAGCUUUACCUUGUAGACUUGGCAGGUAGCGAAAAGGUUAGUAAAACAGGAGCUGAAGGCGCUGUGCUGGAUGAAGCCAAGAACAUCAACAAGUCUUUGUCGGCUCUUGGCAACGUCAUUUCUGCUUUAGCUGAAAAUAGUACGUAUGUUCCAUAUCGUGAUAGUAAGAUGACUAGAAUCCUUCAAGAUUCACUAGGUGGCAACUGUAGAACAACAAUCGUUAUUUGUUGCUCUCCAUCAUCUUACAAUGAAUCUGAAACAAAAUCUACACUGUUGUUUGGUCAAAGAGCCAAGACUAUCAAGAACACAGUUUGUGUCAAUGUGGAGCUGACUGCAGAGCAAUGGAAGAAAAAAUAUGAAAGAGAAAAGGAAAGAAAUAAGACCUUACGCAACACCAUACAGUGGCUUGAAAAUGAGCUCAACAGGUGGCGUAAUGGUGAGACUGUACCUGUUGAUGAACAGUUUGACAAGGAGAAAGCCAACUUGGAAGCAUUUGUGGAUAAAGAUGUAACCAUUACUAAUGAUACUCCAACUGCUACUAUUGGAGUGGUUGGCAGUUUCACUGAUGCUGAACGGAGAAAGUGUGAAGAAGAACUUGCUAAAUUAUACAAACAAUUAGAUGACAAGGAUGAAGAAAUUAAUCAGCAGAGCCAGUUGGUUGAGAAACUGAAAACACAGAUGUUGGACCAGGAAGAGCUUCUAGCAUCAACUCGGCGGGACCAAGACAAUAUGCAAGCUGAACUGAAUCGCCUCCAGGCUGAAAAUGAUGCCUCUAAAGAAGAAGUGAAAGAGGUGCUGCAGGCCCUCGAGGAACUUGCCGUCAACUAUGACCAGAAGUCCCAGGAAGUGGAGGACAAGGCGAAGGAAUACGAGCUGCUUAGUGAUGAACUUAAUCAGAAAUCGAUUACAUUAACCAGUAUAGAUGCUGAACUUCAGAAACUGAAGGAAAUGACCAAUCAUCAGAAGAAACGGGCCACAGAAAUGAUGGCCUCUUUGCUGAAAGAUCUUGCAGAGAUAGGAAUUGCCGUUGGGAAUAAUGACGUGAAGCAACCUGAAGGAACAGGCAUGAUAGAUGAAGAAUUCACAGUUGCAAGACUCUACAUCAGUAAAAUGAAGUCUGAAGUGAAAACCAUGGUCAAGCGAUGCAAGCAGUUAGAAAGUACUCAAACGGAAAGCAACAAGAAAAUGGAAGAAAAUGAAAAAGAGCUAGCAGCCUGCCAGCUUCGUAUCUCACAGCACGAGGCCAAGAUCAAGUCGCUUACAGAGUAUCUUCAGAACGUGGAACAGAAGAAAAGACAGCUUGAAGAGUCUGUGGAUUCCCUUAACGAUGAGCUCGUCGAGCUUCGAGCACAAAAAAAAGUCCACGAAAUGGAGAAGGAGCACUUGAACAAAGUUCAGACUGCAAAUGAAGUCAAGCAAGCUGUCGAGCAGCAGAUUCAGAGCCACCGCGAGACUCAUCAGAAGCAGAUCAGCAGCCUGAGAGAUGAAGUCGAGGCAAAGGAGAAACUUAUCACGGAACUGCAAGAUCAAAAUCAGAAAAUGAUGCUUGAGCAGGAGCGACUCCGAAUUGAGCACGACAAAUUGAAAGCUACCGAUCAAGAGAAAAGCAGGAAGCUGCACGAACUUACGGUUAUGCAAGAUAGGAGAGAACAAGCAAGACAAGACUUGAAAGGUUUGGAAGAGACUGUGGCCAAAGAACUUCAGACCCUGCACAACCUCAGGAAGCUGUUUGUUCAAGAUUUGGCUACCAGAGUUAAGAAGAGUGCCGAGAUUGACUCAGAUGACACCGGGGGCAGCGCUGCACAAAAGCAAAAGAUCUCUUUUCUUGAGAAUAAUCUUGAACAGCUCACAAAAGUCCACAAACAGCUUGUGCGUGAUAAUGCAGAUCUUCGCUGUGAGCUCCCAAAAUUGGAGAAACGGCUUAGAGCUACAGCUGAGAGAGUGAAAGCUUUAGAGUCUGCGCUGAAGGAAGCCAAAGAGAAUGCAUCUCGUGACCGCAAGCGAUAUCAGCAAGAAGUUGACCGUAUUAAAGAAGCUGUCAGAUCGAAGAAUAUGAUCAGAAAAGCACAUUCUGCACAGAUUGCUAAGCCCAUCCGCCCUGGCCAGCAUCCGGCAGCUUCUCCAACUCAUCCAAGUGCAAUUCGCGGGGGAGGUGCUUUUACACAGAACAGCCAGCCAGUUGCCCUGCGUGGAGGCGGAGGGCGGCAGGAUAAAAUGUAACAUCUACAUCACACCAGAUGCUGGAAGGUACAUGCAGCAUGAAGAAGAUUGGUAUCGUGCAACGAGAGUCAUUCCAUGACAGUGAUCUCUAUAUCUGUCUCGUACUGGGGGAUUGUAGGAUUAUUUUGGGGGGAAAUUGUAUAAAUUUAUACUGGUCUGUACAGCUGUCCUCAUUCUACAGAUUCGGCCGAUUCCCAAUGAAAUUAUGGAGAAAAUUGUCCCUCUUGGAAAAUUGACUUGUAACUUUAAAAUGUAGCUCUUUCCAUUACACAAUCCUGUCUUUCACGUCUUAAAUUUAGUCCGCACUGUGCCAAGUUGAAUGUAUGUUAAGCUACAUCCUAGUUCCUAGCUUCCUAGCUUAACUUGUGUAUAUUCUAUGGUCUUAGGGAAUGUGGAACAAUGUUAAAAUAUGUUUUAAUUUUUACCACUUUGAAAUAACACUACUUGACCCACUCUUGAAUCAGAGCAGCCCUGUACAUUAAGCGUACCCACAUUGGCUGUAUAGAGCGUCAGAAUGAAAUUAUUUGUACAGUGUGCCGUUACUGAGAUGUGCUUAUGACGACUGCCCUAAGGCACUGAAGUCUCAAACGUAGAACUAAAAACUUCUGUUCUAAUCAGGCUGCUCAACAACUAUUUGAUUAAAUCUCUGUUAUCAGGGUAAUGGAGUUAAUACUGUAUAGCAAGUAGCAAGUGUAAGUUUACAUAGAAAGACUUGGCAAUGACUUAUUUAAUCUAUCCUGUUUCCGAUCAGACACAGAUGAGUGUGAUGAGCUGAAAACAUUCUGCUUUGUCUUGAUGAGCCUGUUGACGGUCACCAGGGUUGGAUAAAUGGUGUUAGCUGCCGUAGCGUGCAGUUGGAACCCUGUAGACUGCCUCUUGUUUCAGCCGUGGUUUUAUUAAUUAUCUGCACAGCGCAGACGGGGAUUUCAGUUUAAGGGAGUGCGAAUCACUUGAAUGCAAGGAACAAGCUCGAUGCAGAAAGGAAAAAAAGUGCUUGAAAUGGCCGGAAGUGUUCAGAUGGUUGUGGGAGUUGUGCACGCAGACUGUAUUGUAACUUAUUUGUAAAUCUAGAAUUCUGUAAAUGUUUUUUUUCCAGAGUACUUUGUCAGGCCUUUUUUUAUUACCUUUCUCUUUUGCAGUUUUGAAAAUGAAAAAAAAAACCUUACCCCUGUAAAAAAGCACUUGUAGCUACAUCUCAUGAAAGUCAAAGAACGCCCUCGAUGGAUGUUCCAAAAGGCUUUGGUGGUUCCUUUCUCAUAAGGCAAUAAUUAGGUUGGUAGCAGUCAAGAGAAGGAAGGUUGCAGCAGGGGGGAAAUUCGGAGCGAUGGCUGUUCUGGAGCAAGUUCAUGCCACUUUUCUGUCUUUCUAUAGAACAUUCACAGGCACUUUCUGUUCAUCUGGAGGACUGGGUUUUUUUUACACAAAAAUAUUUGUAUCGUGGAGCUUAGUAAUGGAAAACUUGGGUAGUCAUUUAUUUCCUGUUCCUUAUUAUUUGUCUCUUUUUAGAAAUAAUUUGUUUUUAGAGGCUAGGGUUUUUAUCAGCCAGGCCCUCACCAUUUAGGGAUUUUCACAUCCUAGGACCUUUUGUUUUUGUGCUUGAAUUCACACUCCAAACCCAAAAUGAACUAUUUCUGGAACUUCCAAGGAGGGUAAAACAAAGGAAGAAAAGGCAUUGCAAGUCAAGCUCAGAGCUGCAUUUCUCAACUUAUUCUGAUUUCUGAACAGUAACCAUAUGUUUCCAGUCCUGAUUCAGUUAAUGCAGCAAGUCUGGUUUCCUGGCCCUAUAUUCAAAUGAAGCAGGAUCUUUUCUCAUGGCUGUUAUGGUAGUUUCAUUCCUGUAAGUUAACGUAUCACGGGUUUUGGUGCUGACAUGGCUGUGUAAUUAAGCGGUUAAAUAAACUGUAACUAGCAUGUAGCUCAAAAUGUACAUCCUUUUUAUACCUAAGCUUUUUUUUUAUUUUAACCUUUUAUGAAGUUUACCAAGAACUGCAACUUAGACUGUCAAGAAGAACUCCUAUUUUAGUUCUUUGGAUCAUCUACAAUAGGUUGCAUGAACAGGAUCACUGUUGGUUUUGUAAAUUUUAAGAUGUCAAUCUGCAAUAGAAUUUUAAGAGCAGCGCUGUUCCAAUUUACACUCCUUGGGUUUUUUUUUUAAUUAUUCCUUUAGGCCAUUUUUUAAAAAGUGGCUUAGGGUAAGAAUUGAGUGAGAUGAAAGAACACUAUUUAUUAAUGGAGAUUCAACUAAAUUAUUUGCUUAACUCUACUGAUGUAUUUCUUUAUGUAACUCUAAAUUAGACCUAAAAUGACAACAGUCUGCCUUGUGGACGCAGUUGUUUAUUCUCAGUACAUGAGGAUGCAUUGCAGAAUAAAUGGUUUGGAGAAGAUGCCAUAUAGUUUUAACUACUUGCAUGCUGUAAAUGUUUUUUGUGUUUAAAUAAAAUCUUGGAAUUUCAAUGAA